GAGAGAGGCCAACAUAAGCCAAAGAGACACACAAAAGAGGAGAACAAGAGAGCAGCUGUAGGGAGCAUCUGAGUCUCCAGGACCAGACCCGAGGUCAGAUCCAGGACCAGAAUCUGCACAAAGACCACAGCCCGGACCCCAGACCAGGAGCAGCUCAGUCCACCAUGUCAGAGCCUGUCGGAAGAAAGAGCUCUAGCAAGCAGCUCCUGCAGAACCUCAUCAGUUUGACCGCUCAGCGGAGCCAGGAGGAUGCUGAGGAGGUGGAGCGGGAGCGAAGGAGGAGAGCCAGGGAGACCCAGAGAGGAGAGGGGAGUCCCCCAUGGCCGGAGCCCCCCCAACACAACCAGCUCACAUACCGCAACACAGAGUUGGACGAGGAGCUGAAGCCCAGAUGUUGCCUGGUUCUGGAGGAGGAUGAGGGCUUCAGCGACUGGAGUCACAGGUUGGAGGGGCGUAAUGAGCAGGAGGUGCAGGAUGACUGCAAGCCCAGAGUACAGAGACCUUCAACACAGCAGUGGAAACCAGAGGCUGGACAGGAGAAACAGCAGCAGAGUGAAGAGGAGGAGAAGGGAUGUGAGCCAGAACAAAGCAGUCGGUCACAGGAAGCUUUAACAAGACCUCCAGAGAAGAUGUCCAGCAACAGAUACAGCUCUACGGUCUUCCUGUCACAGGACGCCAGGCUGCAGCACGCCGUGAGCCAACCAACAGAGAGGACGUCCUACCUGGCGGCAGGGACGAUGAGACCACGCGGAGGGGCAUGCAGGGUGGAUGGGGAGGUGGAGAAGCAGCAGAAGGAGGAUGUAGAAGAGACACAGGCUACUCUGCAGAGGGAGCGGAUUUCAGCAGAAAGUCGACAGAGUCCCAGAGAUGAAGAUGACCAGGAGGAAGAAGAACUGAGCUUCACAAAUGAAGAGAAGGAAGACUUCCAUCUCAGGAGGGAGGAGAGACACAGGGAGGAUGAGGGGGAGGAGCACAAGAUACCUGACAAGAGCUCAGCGGGGGGAAGGAGGAGUGAGGAGGUGAGCAGAAGAUCGGCAGCCUCUCUCUGCAGCAGCGAAGGCGAGGAGCUGUUAAACUACGGUCCUAUGAGCCCGACAUUUAAGAAACUCCUCAUCCAGUUUUACCCAGAGGAAGUGAACAGCAGAGUGUCAACAGACGGUAAAUGCACGAUCAUAGAGAGAACCGAGUCUCUGAGGAAAAGCACCAGUAACAUAAAGAAGACGCUGCCACCUGUUGCUGUUUCCAAGAUUGACAAGAAACUGGAGCAGUACACACAUGCUCUUGAGGUCUCCUCAAAGGAAGGCAGAUCGGCCAAUCAGCUGCUGGCGGACGUGAUGAGUCCCACUGAAGCCGUCUCCUCCAGGAAGAGUCUGUUUGAGGCCCGAGAAGCCUGGAACCAAAACACAAUCCCAGUCCCUCCAUCUAAGGUUAGUGAUGAAGUAUUCCACCAAGAUGCAGAUGGUUUAAAAGUGGGCGUGGCUGAUCUCAUCAAUCAGUGGGUGAAAGGAAGUGAAGACGGGUACAGGUGCAGCUCGCCCUCCAGACCCCCGGAGAGCUCCACCGGUAAAAGAUAUAAGUUUGUGGUGACGGGUCACGGGAAGUAUGAGAAGGUUUAUGUGGACGACGACGGCAGCGAUGACGCAAACGGACGGUCAGCUGGACAUUUCUAUGAAGAUUUGUGAAACACAUGCUGGACUUUGAAGAAUUCUGGAUUAUGAAAAAAAAAUCUUUUUUAACACUUCACCAUUCUCUGUAUUUCAAGCUUAAGGUUGGACAUGUACUUAAAUCCUGUUGUGAUGGCACAUUUAUUGUGCCUCUCAUCAUUUUACAAAAAGGGAGUGAAACAAAUGUUGAGUCUUUUUGUGUUUAUACUUUGCAAUUAUUCAUUUUAUCCUGUGAAUAAUAAUCUCUGCAGUAGUACAUCUUUUAAUAAAACGAAUUAACUUCAAUUAAACACAUUUCUGACGUUUUAAUC